AUGCCUCUCUUUUCUUCUUUUUCUUUCUCUUUCUCCUGUAUUCUCGUUAUUUUUCUUUCUUUCUUUCUUUCUUUUCUUUCUUUCUUUUUUAUUUCUCAACCUACAUUCUUUCUUUUGUUCCAUUUUUUUCUUUCUUUUCUUUCUUUCUUUCUUUAUUUAUUUUUUUCUUUUCUUUUUUCUUUCUUUGUGUUUUUAGUUCCACUAUUCUUUCUUUUGUGCUCACUCAUCCACUUUUUUCAUCAUGCCUCUCUUUUCUUCUUUUUCUUUCUCUUUCUCCUGUAUUCUCGUUAUUUUUCUUUCUUUCUUUCUUUCUUUCAUUUUAAUUCUCAACCUACAUUCUUUCUUUUGUUCCAUUUUUCUUUCUUUCUUUCUUUCUUUCUUUCUUUUAUUAUUUCUUUCUUUCCUUUUUUGUAUUUUGACUUCAUUUUCACCGUUUUCCUUGUUUUACCUCUCUUCCUCCUACCAUCUCUUCCUCUUACCGCCUUUUCCUCCUACUGUUUUUUCCUACUACCUUUUCUUACUUCUACCAUCUUUACUUCCUGUCAUCUCUUCCUCCUACCGCCUCUUCUUUCUACCGUCUUUUCCUACUACCGUUUUUUACUCCUACCAUCUUUAUUACCCAUUGUCUCUCCCUUCUACCGUUUUUUACUCCUACCAUCUUUAUUACCUAUUGUCUCUCCCUUCUACCGUUUUUUACUCCUACCAUCUUUAUUACCUAUUGUCUCUCCCUUCUACCGUUUUUUACUCCUACCAUCUUUAUUACCCAUUGUCUCCCCUUCUACUUUUUUUUACUCCUACCAUCUUUAUUACCCAUUGUCUCUCCUUCUACCGUUUUUUUUUACUCCUACCAUCUUUAUUACCCAUUGUCUCUCCUUCUACCGUUUUUUUACUCCUACCAUCUUUUAUUACCCAUUGUCUCUCCCUUCUACCGUUUUUUACUCCUACCAUCUUUAUUACCCAUUGUCUCUCCCUUCUACCGUUUUUUACUCCUACCAUCUUUAUUACCCAUUGUCUCUCCCUUCUACCGUUUUUUACUCCUACCAUCUUUAUUACCCAUUGUCUCUCCCUUCUACCGUUUUUUACUCCUACCAUCUUUAUUACCCAUUGUCUCUCCCUUCUACCGUUUUUUACUCCUACCAUCUUUAUUACCUAUUGUCUCUCCCUUCUACCGUUUUUUACUCCUACCAUCUUUAUUACCCAUUGUCUCUCCCUUCUACCGUUUUUUACUCCUACCAUCUUUAUUACCCAUUGUCUCUCCCUUCUACCGUUUUUUACUCCUACCAUCUUUAUCUCCUAUUGUCUUUUCCUCCUGCUGUCUUUGCCUCCUACCUCAUUUUUCUUCUUCUAUAUUGUUUUGUUACUGCUUUUUUUAUUUCUUCAUAUCCUAUAAACUUCUUCUUUAUCCAAUUUACUGAGUCUAACCGGAAACCUUUGCAAUGCUGUACAACUCGACCGGACUCACCUGAAUUUAAUGUUCGUCUCUAUCUUUCCUGGACAUCGAUUUCGAUCGAAUGUUACCGAAAUAUCUAUCUAUCUAUCUAUCUAUCUAUCUAUCUAUCUAUCUAUCUAUCUAUCUAUCUAUUUAAUAAAAAAAAAAUAACUUUUCUCUCUGCCAUUCGUCGAACUAUUUUCAUUUAUCUCAGUCUGGUCAUUAUCUAUCUAUCUAUCUAUCUAUCUAUCUAUCUAUCUAUCUAUCUAUCUAUCUAUCUAUCUAUCUAUCUAUCUCAGUAG